AUGGCAGCUAAUGACAGCGAGAUUCGCGUCAAAACCGCCUAUAAUGGUGAAAUAAUGAUCAUCUACAUUGAGCCGAUCAUCAGCUUGGAGGCACUCUGCCAAGAGAUGCGUGACAUAUGCAAAUUCUCCUCUGAUCAACUUUUUACCAUGAAGUUCAUUGAUGAAGAUGGCGAUCCGUGUGUCAUCUCUUCACAAGCCGAGCUACAGGAGGCCAUUCGACUGUAUGAGCUUAAUAAAGAUUCAGAGAUUAAGAUUCAUGUGUUUCCCAACGUCCCUCCAAUUGCUGGACUUCCAUGCCAUGGUGAAGAUAAAUCCAUCUACCGUCGUGGCGCUCGGCGAUGGCGUAAGAUGUACCAUGUGAACGGGCACGCAUAUCAAGCGAAGCGUUUCAACCGCAAAGCCUUCUGCGUCUUCUGCCGUGAUCGAAUCUGGGGCCUCGGCCGACAGGGCUUCAAGUGCCUCAAGUGCAAACUGAUGGUACACAAGAAGUGCCAUAAGCUGUAUCGAGACGGCUGCACGGGCACCUUUGAUGUGGCGAGUGGCGGCAACUCAGUGCACAGUAGUGAGAGCAGUCCACAGGCUGGACAUGGCAUCCGAACGGCAGCCGGCACCGAGGGCUCGGGCCAAAAUGUGGACGCCAUCACCGAGGAGAGCAACGGAGCAGUCAGCUCGGCGCACCAGUACUCCAUUCAGGACUUUGAGCUGCUGCGAGUGAUUGGACGUGGCUCAUACGCGAAGGUGCUCAUGGUGGAGCUGAAACGAACGAAGCGCAUUUACGCAAUGAAGGUCAUCAAAAAGGAGCUGGUCACUGACGACGAGGACAUUGACUGGGUGCAGACGGAGAAGCACGUCUUUGAGACUGCCAGCAACUAUCCCUUCCUGGUGGGGCUGCAUUCCUGCUUUCAGACCAAAAGCCGACUCUUUUUCGUCAUCGAGUUUGUUCGCGGUGGCGACUUGAUGUUUCACAUGCAACGACAGCGGCGACUUUCGGAGGAUAAUGCGCGAUUUUAUGCUGCAGAGAUAUGUCUAGCUUUGAACUUUUUACACGAACGAGGCAUCAUUUACCGAGAUCUGAAAUUAGACAACGUUCUACUGGAUCAUGAAGGUCACGUUAAGCUGACUGAUUAUGGCAUGUGCAAGGAGGGCAUUCGUGAAGGUGACCGUACGGGAACUUUCUGUGGAACUCCCAACUACAUUGCCCCUGAGAUUCUUCGUGGUGAAGAGUACGGUUUUGAGCCGGACUGGUGGGCACUGGGUGUGCUCCUCUAUGAAAUGAUGGCCGGAAGGUCGCCAUUUGACAUUGUCUCGCAGACGGACAAUCCCGAUCAGAACACUGAAGAUUACCUGUUUCAAGUGAUUCUCGAGAAAACGAUUCGCAUUCCUCGGUCGAUCACCCCGCGAGCCCAAUCAGUUCUGAAAGGUUUCCUCAAUAAGAAUCCAGCCGAACGAUUAGGGUGCCACCCAAAGACUGGCUUUUCAGACAUUCAAUCGCAUCAGUUCUUCAAAGCCAUCGACUGGGAACUGCUUGAAGCAAAACAAGUCCAGCCACCCUAUGUGCCUCCAAUGCGCAGCGACCGAGAUUUAGAACACUUCGAUCCCCAGUUUACUAAUGAGCCGGUUCAGCUGACACCUGAUGAUUUAUCCAUUAUCAACCAAAUUGACCAAUCUGAGUUUGAAGGCUUCGAGUACGUCAAUCCACUGUUGAUGUCUUGCGAGGAUACCGUCUAA